AUGGCCAUUUAUAACAAGGAUGUUGAUGUUGUUACGUUCCAGAUGGAAUCUAAAGGAACAAAGAAGUUGGUGAAGAAGCAGUUUACCCAGAUUCUUCAAUUGUCGGCUGAAGGUCCGUUUGAAGUCCCAUCUUUCGAUCAAGUGCUUCCGAUACUGAAUGAAAUGGGAUACAAUCCUCCUAUUUCUGUUAUUAGUGAUUUUAGGAAGUCGAAAUUACCGAUUCUAUGGAGUUUCUUCUUUGGUGUUAUGAUUCAUUGCUUGACGGGGAGGAACUCUAGCCUUGAUAAAGCCAAGCUACAAUUAUACUGUGUUAUGGUUGUAUUGUAUUAUGGUUUGAAGAUUGAUUAUGAUUCGUUAUUAUGGGAUGAAUUCACGACCUAUGUUAAGCAUUCAAAGAAAGCGUCGGAAAUAGCGAGUGCUCGAUUUUGGAGUUUGAUUUUAUGA